AUGUAUAACCCCCUUUCAGCCGAUCCUUCACUUCGGAGGCUAGCGGAAGCUGGACCACGAGCAAUAUCUGGAACCGGCCUGGGCUCCCUGGCCCAGGACGUAUUUCGUAUUCAUGAGACCAAUAUGGAUCUGCUGGCACACCUCUCACCCGAGGAGAUCCUCAAGGAACGAGAAGAGAUUCUGGCAUCAGCAGGCAAGUCUGCUAGACUACUUUCUGGAAGCCGGGAAACGAGGCAGUUUUUUAUUAUAUAG